AUGGCUCUGGUCAGCCUAGAAGAGUCCAUGGAAGGACGUCUCCGUGCUUACUCUCGUCCCAAGAGCAAGUACAAGAUGCGUUUCGCCGACAUCCCCGCUCUGAUUGCAGCGCUCGCCGCACCCGCACUGGGUAUAACAAUCACAUCGACCUGGACGAUAACUUACAUUCAGACGUGCCCGUACAUUGUGUACAAGCCGACGCCGACGACAGUGCCCGCGGUCACCGAGACGGUGUCGCUGCCGUACACUACGACGUCGACUUUUUCCCAAAUCGAAUACAGCUUGUCCGACUACUCCACGAUUUUCUAUCUCCCCACGCCCCCGGUGGUUCCCGACCCGAACGCGACGACUUACACCACCGUUGUUGACUACGCGUGCACAACGACGAACACCAACGACGCGUAUACGAUCGCGACCCCGAGCCCGGUGUACGUCGGCACGACGACGCUCACAGAGUGGGCAGCGACAAAGACAGUCACGGACGUCUAUACAACAGCGACGGUAUUCGGUUAG